AGGCCAGCUCUGUCUUUGUGUGACGAAAUUUCAUUCACUGGAUUCUGACCAAACACUGGAAAUGAAAGUAACUGUUCGUUGCUAAAAAUCUGUUUCCCCUUCGAUGAAUCUGAGGUUCUGAAUAAAAUAAAAUCAAAAGAUAAAAGCUUUGGAGCAACACAUUAAGACAGCUUUUACAUACACUGAAAGAGAGAGAGAAUUCACGAGUGUAUCACCGCCAAUCUGCAAGCUGAAGUAGUGCUCUGGAAAUCCGAAAUACCCAUUUGGGUUGGUGAACCAUUCACGUGUUGGAACCAUUUUUGGUCUUUUUCUUCACCCACCAACUCCAAAAUCCAGUGGUUCACACCCAACCACGUCAAAGGCCACGCCUCUGUUGAAUCAGAACUUUUGGAAUGACAAUAAUGUGAGAGAGCUUAUUGGGUACUCCAAAAAGGUUUCUUUUUUUCUUCUUUUAAGUUUAAGCAGAUGGAUCGGUCUGCCAUGACUGUUGGGCCAGCAAUGGAUAUGCCGAUCAUGCAUGACAGUGAUCGCUAUGAACUUGUGCGUGACAUUGGUUCUGGCAAUUUUGGUGUUGCCAGGCUCAUGAGGGACAAACACACCGAGGAACUUGUUGCUGUUAAGUAUAUUGAGAGAGGUGAAAAGAUAGAUGAAAAUGUACAAAGGGAAAUUAUAAAUCACAGAUCACUGAGGCAUCCCAAUAUUGUCAGGUUCAAGGAGGUUAUAUUAACCCCAACGCAUUUGGCAAUUGUUAUGGAAUAUGCUUCUGGAGGAGAGCUAUUUGAGCGAAUAUGUAACGCAGGGCGGUUCAGUGAGGAUGAGGCACGCUUCUUCUUCCAACAACUUAUAUCAGGGGUUAGCUAUUGUCAUGCAAUGCAAGUAUGCCAUCGUGACUUGAAGUUGGAAAACACAUUGUUGGAUGGUAGUCCAGCUCCUCGUUUGAAGAUUUGUGAUUUUGGCUAUUCAAAGUCCUCAGUACUACAUUCACAACCAAAAUCUACAGUUGGUACCCCUGCAUAUAUCGCACCUGAAGUUUUGCUUAAGAAGGAAUAUGAUGGCAAGAUUGCAGAUGUUUGGUCUUGUGGGGUGACCUUAUAUGUCAUGUUGGUGGGUGCAUACCCUUUUGAGGAUCCAGAGGAACCUAAAAAUUUCCGCAAGACAAUACAUAGAAUUUUGAAUGUUCAGUACUCAAUUCCUGACUAUGUUCAUAUAUCUCCCGAGUGCCGACAUCUGAUCUCAAGGAUUUUUGUUGCUGAUCCUGCGAAGAGAAUAACUAUUCCUGAGAUUAGAAACCAUGAGUGGUUUUUGAAGAAUCUUCCAGCUGAUCUCAUGGAUGGAAAUGAUAACAACCAGUUUGAGGAGCCUGAUCAACCAAUGCAAAGCAUAGAAGAAAUAAUGAAGAUAAUUAGGGAGGCUACAAUUCCUGCAGCUGGAUCUCAAUCUCUGAACCCGUAUCUUACUGGUAGCUUGGAUAUUGAUGAGGACAUGGAGGAGGACUUGGACUCGGAUCCUGACCUUGACAUUGAUAGCAGUGGAGAAAUAGUUUAUGCUAUGUAAGUUGGUGGAAGACCAUUGAGCUCACUUUGGGGGUCAAUAAUGUUAUGCCUUGGGGUGGUGUGAAAUAUGUACAAAUAUAUUCCAUUUUCUACUAGAAAGGAUUCUGUGAUUGAAUUUUCCUUAUGGAGGGAGAGAACCUAACCUCCUUGUAUUUAUGUUGUAUUUAUAAUCUUACCUGAUUACGUGCUCGUUUGUAUUCAUAGCUGUGUUAUAUUUAUCGUACCAAUGAAUGGGGAUUCUCUUUAUUUUUCUC